GCCGACGCACCAGGAGCCACACCUCGCGGCUCAAAACUCCGAUCUGCGAGUCAAGACCGAUGCCCUCAGUUCUCAGUUCUGUUCUGUAAAAUUAGCGGUGCACCCUUUGUGUCUCAUACAAUUUUUAAUGGAUACUUACACAUAAUUUAUACUUGCGUAGGAGUAAUUUAGUGUGAUUUUCAGCGUGAAUAUUUUAACAGUGAAAAUAAUAAUAAUAAUAGUUACAUAUAUUCACCCCCGCAAGCUCGUGAGUGACAUUUGUGCUGUAUGAAUCGUAUCUCUUCAUCUCUAUCGCUACUGUUUAGCAGACUCUGUCUGACUCAUCCUCAUUUAUUCCCUUUCUCCUUCACCGUGAACUACACCGGGGCCAAGAACGUUUCGGCGCAUUCAAGGUCGUCUUCACUUUCAUCCACUUUCAUGUUUGCUGCAAUUGUAUUUUAAUAAAUAAAUAAAUAUACAACUACUUACUGUGUUUUGGAAAAUAUAAAAAUUAAAAAAAGAAGUGAGGUUAUUACGCAUAAAUCAGGUUAAGACCGGAAGAAUAAAAGUGAUUAUUAAUAAUUGAUUAAAAGUUUAAAAUGGAACUGAAAGGACGAGUCGCCUUAGUUACUGGAGGGUCUUCUGGGAUCGGUAGAGCUUUUGUUGAAGAACUGCUCAACCAAGGAGCGAAGGUUACGAUAUGUGAUAUUAACGCUGAAGAAGGAGAAAAGUUAGCGAACGGACUAGCGCUGAGGCACGGCAAAGAUCGGGUGCUUUAUUGUCAGUGUGAUGUCACUGAUUAUCCACAGUUUGAAGAAUCAUUUCGAAUAACAAUUUCAACGUUCGGUCAUAUUGAUAUUCUUAUCAACAAUGCUGGGAUAAUGAAUGACAGAUUCUGGGAACUUGAGGUCGACAUUAAUCUCAAUGGAGUUAUCCGUGGAAUGUUAUUAGCACAGCGAUAUUUAGGAAUAGAUAAAGGAGGUCGGGGAGGUAUUGUGAUAAACACAGGCAGCAACGUCAGUCUGAACCCAUACGUCAGUGUCCCAAUUUAUUCAGCAACCAAGGCGGCGAUUGUCAGCUUGACCCGAGCUUUUGGUGACAAGUAUCACGUGGACUUGACUGGCGUGAAGGUCAUGUCUUUGUGUCCCAGCGCGACUGACAGCAAUCUUGUCCGCGAUGUUGGAAAGCAAUUGCUUUCGCCCAGAUACGAGGACGCUUGGCGACGUGACACCGCCUCUUGCAUCCCUCAGAAAGCCGAACAUGUGAGUAAAGCACUGGUACACGUGCUGGCAAACGGAAAAAGCGGAAGCGUCUGGCUGGUAGAAAACGGACAGCCAGUGCGCGAAAUAGUCUUCCCGAAGCACUAGAGACCUCGAGAAGAAUAAAUAAGGUUUAAAUAAUUCAAGUACAAUUAUUGGAACAAAGUAUAA